AUGGCAUUUAGAACCCUAUCCCGUAUCCAUUAUGAUUAUCUUUCAGCUCAACCUAAACAUAUAGCCAUUGACAUCAUUGAAGAUAUAGCUUCUGACGCACUGAUGGAAGGAAUCGAUCAGAAGCGCGACUUCCUUUUCGACAAGGCAGGAGUUCCGUUACCCCAAGACGUGUAUAGCAUUACUGAUCUUGUGUUCAAUAGACUGACUUUACAUAAUUGUCCAAAUGGAAGCCUUGCUGAGAUAAGAUCGUUUUCCUACAAGCCUAAAAUUAUUGAAUUUGAGGUCUCAAGAACAGAUUCAGGGAAGACGAAACUAGGUCCAUCCCCAUAUCCUCUCACGGUUCACUCGCCUCAAAUUUCAGAGAAUCCAAAUUAA